CAAAGGGCAUGCAGAGGUAGCUUUCCACUAUCACUCAUUAAUGUAGGAGCAUGCCUCUGAGAUAGUGGUACAGAGAAACUAUAAAGGCUAAAAAACGAAUUGAAUUUGCUUUAAAGAGCCCCAAAGAUGAGGCAGCCUCAGAUGAGCCUGCGCGUGGGGUUGCCUGUGUUUGUGGUGGUCACACAGCUCUUCAUAGUGGUGCUGUUUGCUUUAUUUGUCACCUAUGAUGAUCAGACCGAUGCCAAACUGCAGGGCAAUGAAACCGUCGCCAUGGACAACGCCUUAUACAAAGACUAUCCUUUUUUCGCCGACAUACAGGUGAUGAUAUUCAUCGGCUUUGGGUGUCUCCUGGCUUUCUUCCGGCAGUAUGGCUUUGGGGGCAUGGUGUUCAACUUCCUCACCGCCACCUUUGCCAUACAGUGGGCCAUCCUUGUGCAGGGGUACUUCCAGUUCAGCCAUGACGGCAAGAUCCACCUGGGGGUGACAAACCUGAUCAACGCAGAGUUCGCCUGUGCUGCGGUCCUGAUCUCCUUCGGGGCCGUGCUGGGGAAAACCAGCCCGCUGCAGCUGCUGGUCAUGGCCCUGCUGGAGAUCCCGGUGUACGCAGUCACAGAAUGGGCCGUGCUGACCUACCUGAAGAUCAACGACGCCGCUGGAUGUAUUCUGAUCCACGUGUUCGCCUGCUACUUCGGCCUGGGCGUCACGUUUGUGUUGUACCGGCCCCGUCUGAACGAAGGCCAUGCCAAGGAGGGCUCCAGCUACCAGUCAGACAUCCUGUCUGCCAUGGGCACCUUGUUCCUGUGGGUGUUUUGGCCCUCUUUCAACUCUGUGUUGGCGCUGAAAGGAGACGACCAGCACAGGGCCGUGCUUCACACCUUCAUAGGCCUCAGCGCCUCCACGCUCACAGCGUUCGCACUCUCCUCCAUGCUCAACAGGACCGGCAAGCUCACCAUGGCUGACAUCCAGAAUGUGACUCUGGCCGGAGGGGUGGCGGUGGGGGCCUCUGUGGACAUGAUGAUAUCCCCUGCAGGGGCUUAUGCUCUGGGAAUGAUGGGCUGCGCCGCCUGCAUGCUGGGCUACAGGUACCUGACCCCUUUCUUAGCCCGCCGCCUCAGGAUCCAGGACCAGUGUGGGAUACACAACCUCCAUGGCCUGACCGGACUCAUAUCCUCCACCGCGGGCAUAUGUGCUAUACUGGUGGCUUCAGAGGAGGUCUACGGACCCAGUAUGUAUGAGACUUUUGCCCACAUGGCACCCGUGGAAGGGGAUCCAAAAUUGCUGGAGCUCCAGGAGCAGAUCCCGGGUCUACAGCCAGGUUUGGGAAGGACUGCCUUGGAACAGGCCAUUUACCAGGUGGCGGCACUGUUAUCCACUAUUGUAGUGUCGGCGAUAGGAGGCGUUAUUACAGGAUUUGUAAUGAAGCUGCCCUAUUUUGGAUCACCACCAGAUGAACUUUGUUUUGAUGAUGACUUGUUUUUUGAGGUCCCGCAUAACUAUGAGGCACCUAUUACAUUCAGCAAUAAAUGUAGGCCUGCUACAGAGGAUUCGGCAGCGUAAUGUGUUAUCUUGCUAUUGAAUGAAUUGUAAAUAUAUUUUUAUUUUUAAAUAAACAGUUUUUAACAUCACAACAGAUUGUAAGCACUACAAUAUGCCUAAUGCGUUUUUUAUUUCAAAUGUGUUACCAACACAUAACCCAAUGCAAUAACUAUACCCUUCACACCAUGGUGCUACGAUAUAGGAAUAAUGCUAUUGCAAACCAUCGGGGACAAAUCUUUCAUUGAACUCCUCAAGAGUCUAUGAUGUUAUCAAAUAAAGGUGAUUAAACGUGUAAUGCGUUUACUUUUUGUCGUAAAAUGUCAGGAGCUAGCCUAAUUGUUUCCCUACGUGGAGAAAGAUAAUACAACGGCUACAGGUU